AUGGACAAAAACUGGAUGAACUUGACCGAUAGACUUCGUUCGCCUGCAUACGCCGAUGGGGUUAACACUUUCCUCACCCUUGCACAAAACCAUUCUCAGGGCAGUGAUCGCAUUCGGUGUCCAUGUCGUUCAUGCUGUAAUAAUCUCUUCUUGCCUAUACAAAUUGUGGAGACUCACUUGUUCAUUAAAGGGAUCAAUCCAAAUUAUACCCAGUGGGUAUUUCAUGGGGAGGAGGAAACACGAAGUUUCAAUGACGAUGGUGACGAUAGUGUUACUAAUUACGCCCACGAGUACAUUGAUGACAUGGACCAUAUGUUAGAUGACAUCCGGGCAAGCACAUUCGUCGAUGUUCCCCAAGAUCAUGGUAAUCCAUCGCCAACUCGUGGAUCAAUACCAGAUCCCUCCCCAAGUUCAUCUUUCGACCAUCUACUAGAGGAUGCCCGACGUCCACUUUUUGCUGGUUGUACAAAAUUCUCAAAACUGUCAUUUAUUGUGAAGUUGUUACACAUUAAGACACUCGGUGGUUGGUCAAUAAAGUCGUUUGAUAUGCUACUAAACAUGUUGCGGUCUGCCUUUCCUGAUGCAGAAUUGCCACAUUCAUAUGAGGAGUCAAAGUCAUUGGAGCGGGGUUUGGGAUUCAAUUACCAUAAGAUUCAUGCAUGCCCCAAUGACUGCAUCUUGUUUUGGAAGGAGAAUGCUAAUCUUAAUAAAUGUCCUAACUGUAAGGCUUCAAGGUGGGUGCCUAAUACACACAAGGCACGCCUUAUCCCGCAAAAAGUGUUGCGGCAUUUUCCUUUGAAGCCAAGGUUGCAACGUCUCUUCGUGUCUGCAAAGAUAGCAGGUGAUAUGAGAUGGCAUAAAGAGCAACGGCCGACUGAUGAUGAUAGCCUGAGACAUCCUGCAGAUUCAGAGUCCUGGAAGAGAUUUGAUGAAGAACAUAGUUGGUUCGCUCAGGAUGCUCGCAAUGUAAGGCUUGGGAUGUCAAGUGAUGGUUUCAAUCCGUUCAGCAAUAUGUCUAAACCGUAUAGCAUUUGGCCAGUAAUCUUGGUUCCGUAUAACUUGCCUCCGUGGUUGUGCAUGAAAGACCAAUUCAUGAUGACAUCCCUCAUUAUUCCUGGGCCAAAAUCUCCAGGUAAUGACAUCGAUGUUUACUUGCAACCAUUAGUCGAUGAACUGCUUGAAUUUUGGGAACAUGGGGUACCUACGUAUGAUGCCUCCACAAAGGAAACUUUCAUGUUGCAUGCUGCUUUAAUGUGGACAAUCAACGACUUCCCAGCCUAUGGGAAUCUUUCUGGCUGGUCAACAAAAGGAAAAUUAGCAUGUCCAUCCUGUAAUGUGGGCACAGAUUCCAUGUGGUUGAAGUAUGGCCCAAAACAUUGUUAUAUGGGACAUCGUCGUUUUUUGCCGCCAGAUCACAUGUGGAGAAUGAGAAAACAUUUGUUCAAUGGUCGAGAAGAUCAACGCAUGCCACCAAGGAUUUUAGAAGGAGCUGAUGUGGUUGCUCAACUACAGAUGAUUGGCAAUGUGCAAUUUGGUAAAUCUGGUCGAAAGAGAAAACGCACUGCUGAAGAGUUGAACUGGACAAAGUAUAGCAUUCUCUUCAAGCUACCGUAUUGGUCAACCCUGCGUCUUCGACAUAAUCUAGAUGUCAUGCAUAUUGAGAAAAAUAUUUGUGAUAACAUCUUGUGCACAUUAAUGAACAUUCCUGGGAAAACCAAGGAUAAUAUCAAUUCUCGACGUGACUUGGAGCUUUUUCAAUUUAGAAAAGAAUUACAUUUGAAGGUCCAAGGUGAACGUGUUACAAUGCCACCUGCACAGUACAUAUUACACGGUCAUGAAAGGAAUAAAUUCUGUGAAUGGCUGGCCGAUGUGAAAUUUCCAGAUGGAUUCGCUUCCAAUAUAUCGCAUUGUGUUUCUGUACGUGAUUGCAAAAUCAAAGGAUUGAAAAGUCAUGACUGCCAUGUUUUUCUCCAAAGAUUACUUCCUAUUGCUGUUGGUGGGUACUUACGAACUGAUAUUGCAUUGGCCUUGACUGAAUUGAGCACUUUCUUCAAGGAGUUGUUUGCCCGAACCCUGGAUGUUAACCGCCUAUCACAACUCCAAAUUGAUAUUGUUACAAUUCUAUGCAAAUUGGAGAUGAUAUUCCCCCCAUCUUUUUUCGAUGUCAUGGUCCACCUAGCUGUCCACUUACCCCGUGAGGCCAUACUUGGGGGUCCAGUACAGUACAGGUGGAUGUAUCCAUUUGAGAGGUAUCUCGGCAAGUUCAAGCGGUAUGUUAAGAAUAAAGCUCACCCAGAAGGCUCAAUAGCCGAAGCCUAUAUUCACAUCGAAUGCCUGACUUUUUGCUCAAUGUAUCUCCAAGAUAUUGAGACGAAGUUUACUCGAAUGGACCGCAACAUUGAUGGUGGAGAAGCGGAGAAUAUAGAUGGAUUCAAGAUUUUCAACCAGAAAGUUCGUGUCAUGGGUGUGGCUUCCAACUUGAAAUUAUCAGAUAAACUCCUCAAGGAAGCCAUAUGGUACGUCCUCAACAACUGCGCUGAUAUUGGACACUACCUAGAGGAGCACUACGAGAAAUGUAAGGUGCAUAGCCCAAUGAGUAUCAAUCGAACACAUCAAACUGAGCUUCCAACUUGGUUCAGGAAACUUGUUCAUGACCAGAGAGGGACCAACCCACUCGAUGUGACUGCUGAUCUGUAUGCGUUAGCUUGCGGUCCUGAACCUAAGGUUGCAUCUUAUGCUGCUUGCAUUAUAAAUGGCAAAAGGUUCCAUACAAAACAGCGUGAACUUCAAAGGCGUACACAAAAUUUAGGGGUGUUGGUAACUGGUGAUGAAAGUACAAAUAAUGUUGACUUUUAUGGUGUUAUUAAUGAUAUCGUGGAGUUUCGCUAUAUGGGUUGGCAUCGGGUGUACUUGUUCAUGUGUGAUUGGUUUGACAUUGGUGAUCCAAGACGAGGGAUACGAGUUGAUAACCAUAUGACCAGUAUCAACAUGGACAGGACUUGGUAUAAGGAUGAACCAUUUGUGUUAGCAUGCCAGGCUUCCCAGUGUUUUUAUAUUAGAGAUAUAAGGACGAAAGGGAGAUGGUUUGUGGUGCAAAAGUACACGAAUAGGGAUGUAUAUGACAUUCCACCGGUGCCAAGGGUGUUAGAAGAUAUUGAUGGCGAAUCAAGUGAUGAUGAUGCCUAUCAAGAAAAUGAAUCAUCAUAUGAUUAUGCACCAUUGCAUUGUGAUGGAUGUCCUGUGUCAACUCCAUUGAAUAGGAAUGAUAUAGAGCCUAGCUUGAUUGAUGCACGAGAAGUCACUGGUUUGGUUGGUCAAAACAUGGAUUCAAAAGAUUUUAUUGACGAUGGCCCGAUUGCUUCUAGUUCAGGAGAUGCGUAUGGUGAUGGGGAAUAUUCAGAUGAGGAUGACCUACCCACAGACGACGAGUUUGUGUCAGAAUAG